AUGGGGGAUGAGCCUCAAAGUGUACCAUUUCCCCCAGUGAAAAUUCCUCUCCUUUUUCCACAAAGAUUAAAGAAGAAGAACGAUAAUGAAAAGUUUAAGAAGUUUAUAGCAAAGCUUAGCAACCUCUCAAUCAACAUCCCAUUAUUGGAGACUCUUCAUGAAAUUUUGGGGUAUGCUAAGUUGAUGAUGAACUUGAUGUCGAAGAAUAGGCUUGUGGAUGGUGAGACUAUUGAAGUGACCCAUAGUUGUAGUUCCAUUAUGUCCAAUGCCAUGGCUAAAAAUAAGGAAGACCUGGGUGCUUUUACAAUCCGUUGCUCCAUUGAGACCCACAAAUUUGACAAGGCAUUAUGUGAUCUUGGAACUAGCGUAAAUUUAAUGUUAUAUGUGGUGUAUCAAGGGAUAGGGUUGGGUGCUCCUACACUGACCACCAUGAGAUUAUUGAUGGCGGAUUGCUAG